AUGAAUACUCUAGAAAUUCAUUAUUUAGCUCAAAUGCGGACAACGUUGACAACUGCGCAGUCUGAGGACGGGACCGGAAUUGCUUACAGCGCUUCGCUAAGCAUAGCUGGACCAUCUCUUGCCAAUCAGGAAAUCAGCACUCAAACUAACUCGAGAGUUCCUGUUAUGGUCAGAUCCCGUGUUUUCAUAAGGCGCAUUGCCAAUGCCCUAAUCACACGUGGUGAUCUUAUCGCUUUGGUCAAACCUUUCGGGAAUGUUCUUGGACUUAUUCAUUUCAAGCCAAAAUAUUUAAGAUGUAUCUCCUGUGGUGGUCGGUUUAAGAGUGCGUGGGCGCUAUUGCACCACUUAACGGAGUUCCAUCGCAUGGUUUUGUUUAAGGUAGAAGAGGAACAAGAGCCAAAAUCAGUCAAGGUAAGCUUGCUUAAUACCUUCAAAACCGCAGCGUUUUUUUUCCUUUUGAGUUGGCGAAGAGAUCAGAGAGCGUAG